CGGUACCGCCGUGGGACCUGCACAAUGUGACACCGGUAAAGCUGGGGGAACCUGUACAGUGUGACAUCGGUGUCGCUCUGGGACCCGUGCGGUAUGACACCGGGACCGCUGCAGCACCGGGCGCUGGCCAUGGAGCCGGGCACCAUCGACAACCUGUCCAUCCUGUACCAGAGCUCCGACUUCAUCGUGGUCAACAAGCACUGGGACAUCCGCAUCGACAGCAAGAUGUGGUACGAGACGCUGACCCUGCAGAGCCAGCUCAAGUACCGCUUCCCCGAGCUGGCUGACCCUGACACCUACUAUGGCUUCAGGUUCUGCCACCAGCUCGACUUCUCCACCAGCGGGGCCCUGUGCGUUGCGCUCAACAAAGCGGCGGCGGGAAGCGCCUACAAGUGUUUUAAAGACCGUCUGGUGACCAAAGCCUAUCUCGCCCUGGUCAGGGGCCACGUCAGCCAGAGCCGAAUGACGAUCCGCUACGCCAUAGGGAAGAACACCACCGAGGGCAUGACCCACAUGAUGUGCAUCGAUGGGACGGAGGGCUGUGAAAAUCCCAAGCCUUGCCAGUCGGAGCUGAUCGUGCUCGAGCACGGGUCCUACAGCGGAGACCCCGUAACCAAAGUGCUGCUGCAGCCGCUGACAGGGCGGACUCAUCAGCUCCGGGUUCACUGCAGCGCCGUUGGCCACCCCAUCGUGGGGGACUUCACCUACAGCCACAAGAAGGACAGCAGUCCCUAUAGGAUGAUGCUCCACGCCUACUACCUGCGCAUCCCCACCGGCAACGAGCUCAUCGAGGUCUGCGCACCCGACCCCUUCGUCACCACAAUGGACAGCAACUGGGUGCCCCACCAGGUCACUCACCGGCUGGAUGAGACCAUCCAAGAGCUGAAGGACAAGAUGAUGCAGAAGGGGGAAGAGGAGGAGAGCCAGGAAGCCGUGCUUGGUGGCGGAGGAGAGGAGGCACUGAGCGAAGGCAAGAGCCCGGAGACGGAGGAGCAGCGAGCCCGGUGCGAGCAGUGGUUGGCCGAGUGGGCUUUGGAGUGAGCACAAGCCACGUCUGCAUUUCCAGCCCAAUGCUCCAUUUUCGUCCCAGUGGGUCUCCACAGAGCCCAGCGCUGACUCCACAUCUGCACAUUCUGUAUGCCGUGGCUUCCCUCACUUCUGGGGCUGGGAUUAGACAGAUUUUAGCAGUGAUUAGGAUGGGUUUAUUUUUUAAUGUACACAUCAUCCAUCUGGGCACUGGAUGCCCCUUUCCUAAUUCUGGGCCUCAGCAGCAGAGUCAGUGUGUCACGUACCAGCUUAGAGUGACCCUAAAGCUUUACGUCCCUGUCCCGGGGCUCAGGCACAGCCGGGACAGCACAGACACUGCCUUUGCCACGAGCGCGAUGGACGUAUCCGCAGACCCUCAGUGCUAGGAUGCUAAAACGCAGCCCAGCAAAGGGAGAGGAGAACGUGCCGGGUGCAGCUUCCGUGCCCGUGUCCCCAGUUCCCUUCGCUCCAGCCUGCUGUGCUCACUGGCACACGCGUUGUGUGGGAGGUGGGAGAUCAGGAGGCCGAAGUGCAGCUCGGGGGCACCGACAGCCCUCCUAGUCCCGGGGCGGCCCCGGGUGUUUUGCCCGCGGAGCUGGGCUGUGCAACGCGCGCAGGAGAGGUCCCUGCCUGCCACCGAGGAUGUGCUGCCUGCCCGUCCCUGCCCUCGCGCUUUCCUUCCUGCCUCAGCCCACGUGUGGUGUUUUUUUUUUUUUUAAAGUUUUUUUGGAGGUGAGUGAGUGGAUACGAAUGGAUUUUAAACUUUUUUCAAAUUUCUAUGAGAAGAAUCUAGUCUUUUAGCGGUUCUGAAAUACCAGUGGUCUCGGAAAUGCAUGUAUUUUUAGUACUUCUGUGGUCAGAAUAGCCAGCAGCCCAAAGCUUUUUUAAUAGAUCUUACUAUUCUU